AAGGGCCGUUUGAUUCACAAAAACAGAAAAUUGCAAAAUCAAAUUGGUUUGUCGUCUUCAACCAGUCAACCCUCUCAAGCCACCAUCAUCAAGUCUUCAACCAGUCAACCUCCGAAACAAAAAAGAAAUUUCGAAUGGCAACCCUUCUCCUUCUUCCACCGUCAAUUCCAGACCCCAGUUAUCGAUUCUUUGGGGGUUCGUUUCAAACUUCUCAAGUUGUUUUAUAGGUUUAUAUCUGAGGCCGGCAAAGCAAGAUGAGCGCGAUUUUGGAGAACGCAGUGGGAGGUCUGUUAGCCGCCGAAGCUCAUGGAAUGCUUGCAUUAUUGCUGUCACGAAUCGGUGAAGAAAUCAAACUCGGAUGGGGUUUUAGGAAAGAGUUAGAGGAGCUCCAAAGUCAGUUCACUACAUUGAGUGUGAUGUUAGAUGGCACCUGCACCUCUUCUCAAUCCAACAACAACAACAACAAACUGAUAGAUGAUUGGCUAAAGAAGGUAAAUGAUGCAGCAUAUGAUGCAGACGAUUUGCUGGACGAGUGUGCGUAUGAAGCUGUGAAGCGGAGAUGCAGAACUAGAAAGAGAAGGGACAAGUUCAGAGACGAAGUCUCCUUUCCUUUAUUCCGCUACCAUAUGGCUCGCAGAGUGAGGGAUUUGAGGAAGUUGAUAGCUAGCAUCUAUGGUGAUGCUAAGGACCUUGGCCUUAAACCCAUAAAAUUAGCUGCUGGCGGUAAUAAUAGUCAUGAUUGGAUAGAAGACAGGACACAGCAAAACCGGCGACAGUGGGUGGAUGAUCAAUACCUUAUAGGAAGGGACGAGGAUGUAACUCAGCUUGUUAAGUUGUUAUGCGAUUCCAGUAACAUUACUAGAGAUCUCACUGUCAUUGGAGUAGUGGGCUUGGCUGGCCUAGGAAAGACAGCAUUGAGCAAACGUGUUUGUAAGGCCCAAGAAGUGAUGGAAUGCUUCAAUUCUCAGGUUAUUUGGCUUGUGGUCUCUCAUAACUUUAAUCAAACAGAUAUUUUGAAGAGAAUGGUUGAGUUGCUUUACAAAGAAGCUUCAAAUCUGUCCGAAAGUCAAGUAAUAGUAGAAAAGCUUCGGGAGAAGCUGAACGGGAAGAGGUAUUUACUUGUACUAGAUGAUGUGUGGGAUACGAUUGAUUGGGAACCAUUUAGAUGCGCUUUGCAAGAAAUUGGUGGCUCAAAGGGUUCUAGCCUUUUAGUGACUUCUCGGGGUAGGAAUGUGGUGGCCAAGAUGGAUACAUAUGGUUGUGACAACAAUGGUGAAAGAACUAUGCAGAGGGCAUCUGUAUAUCAGUUACAGGGGCUAAAUGAAGAAGAUAGUUGGUCUUUAUUCAUGACAAGAAUGAGUGGUGGCAAUUUAUCAUUGGCCAGUGAAAAAUAUGUGAUAGCAAGGAGGAUUAUAAAGAAAUGUGGUGGUGUUCCUCUAGCUAUAAGAGCACUUGGAGACUUACUAAGGGAACAUGAUAUAGAAAGGUGGAUGGAAGUUGAGAAAAGUGAUGUAUGGGAGAUAGAAGAUAAAUAUGGCAUUUUGCCUUCCUUAAAAUUGAGUUUCCAUUACUUGCCAAACACAGCUUUAAAAAAAUGCUUUUCCUAUUGUGCCAUUUUUGGGGAAGAUGAGGUCAUUGAAAAGGAUAAAUUAAUUCAAAUGUGGAUGGCGCAAGGCUUCUUGCAACCGUGCGAUAAAAUGGAGUUAAUAGGGGAAGAGUAUUUGUACGUCCUGUUAAAUAGCUCCCUGUUUCAAGAAGCUGAAUUGAACGAGCUUGGAAAUGUGGAGACGUUCAAGAUACACGAUCUUGUAUUAUCUCUGGCACGUGUUGUUUCAAGAGAGGUGGAGUUCGUGAGUUCGAAAGGAAAGAUUAAGGUCAAUGAUACUUCAAGUGAGUUUCGACACCUAUCAGUUACGCUCUUUGGAGAAGAGCUUCCCACCACAUUUUGUAAGAAGUUGCGUACAUACUACUAUAACCCACUUCAUCGAAUGGUCUACAUGCGUUUGAAUUUUUUGAUGCAUUCUAAGAAUCUAAGGGUGUUGUGUUUGUGUAAUCUUGCUCAGAAGAAGUUACCAGAUUCGGUUGGUAGUUUGAAACAUUUGAGAUACCUGGAUAUAUCUGGAAAUGAGUUUGAGACACUUCCAAAAGUGAUCACAAAACUCCACCAAUUGCAAACGUUGCAGAUUGAGUUUAAUGGUACGUUCUAUGAAAAGAAACACUUCCCCGUUCUCUCAGAAGAAGUUGGUAAUCUGGUAAAUCUGAGGCACAUUUGUGGUGGACACCAAGAAAUUGGUAUACCUUUAGGCUUGUGUCAUUUGACUGCUCUACAAACUAUACCAAUCAUCGAUCUAAGAGAAGAUUGGGGUGGGAGAUUAUGUGAGCUAGGUUCAUUGAAUAACCUUAAGGGAAAACUGGAAAUCCGAGGUUUAGAACACAUAAACAGUGUAGAGGAAGCUAGAAGCCUAAACUUGGGAAGCAAGUUGAAUGUUGAUAGGUUAAUCCUGAUAUGGACUUCGUUCGUCGUCACAGCCUCGUCUCCAAUUCGAGUACAGUCGCCCCAGAUGAAUGAAAUCCUAGAAGCCCUGCAACCCCGUGAUAAAUUGGUGAUGCUUAAGGUUAAAAAUUACGCCGGCACCAGACUACCGCAGUGGUUGAUAGGGACGACUGCCAUCGGGUGUUCCCUGCUGAACAACCUCGUUUCCCUAAAGUUAAUGUUUUUACACGCCGAGGGAAAUCUCAACAUGGAGAAUCUCAAAUCUGUUCGGUUCUUGUCAGUAAAACAUUGUUACGGUUUGACUAUUUCAUUUCCGGAUCAAGGAUUCCAAUGCUGCAAAUUGCUUGAAGUACUUAAUUUACAAAGUACUUCUAUUAAAAAUCUUCCAGAUGUGUCGCCACUGAUCAAGCUUAGUACUCUAAGCAUUAUAAGAUGUCAUUGGAAUAUGAUCAGAACGAAGCUAGUAGGGCUGGCCAAUCUCCCUUGUUUAAAAGAACUGCGAACUGAUGCAAUACUACCUAGAGACUUGAGCGAAGAUAGUCCCGUUUGCCAAUCCCUCUGUAAACUAGAAUUGGUAAAUGAUUAUAGCAGAAGCCUUCCUGUUCAGGUUCAACAUUUUGCGGCACUGCAAGUUUUGAAGAUUCGAGAGUUUGAGAAUCUAGUAACGUUACCAGAUUGGCUCGUAAAAUUGACAUCUCUUAGAGAAUUGGAACUUGUUUCCAUUCCCAACCUGAUGCAUCUACCUACUGGAGACGGUAUGAGAAGACUCUCCAACUUGCAAACUUUUCGGGUGAAACAUUGUCCCCGGCUGGAGGAAGAAUUUAGUGAAGGGAGAGGGGAGUGGUUCAAAGUUGCCCAUAUCAUAGAAUGCAAACAGUAUUGCCAGGUUCAAGAAAUAAACCCAGAUGCUUGCGUCAUCUGCUGAUGAACCAUAUCCUUUGUUUUUGUUUUUUUUUGGGUGCAAAAGAGGGAAAGCCCGUACAUAAAUUAAGUGGCAGUUGGUAAUGGUCGUAACACCUUGUUUUGGGAUCACUGUUGGGCUACUGAUGUGUGUCUCCGAGCUCGCAACAAUGCAGAUACCAGAGGACUUAGACGGGGCAACUGUAGAAGAAAUGUGGGCAGUUGGGUCUGGUUGGAUGUGGGAUACAUUUGCAAACCUGCUUCCUGCACAUACUCUUAAACAGAUUGCAGCUCAUCAACUGGUAGAGAACUCAGACAGUGGGGAUCUUAGGUACUGGAAGGGCUCUACUAAAGGGGGUUUCUCUAUCAAAUAUGCACUACGUAUUAUGAGAGAAGAUGAAGCAAUCCCUUCACAUCCCCAAUGGGAUUUAGCUUGGAAGGUACCUGCUCAACAAAGAGUGCGUACCUUCUUAUGGCUAGCCUUGCACAACCGUAUCCUCUGCAAUACUAAUAGAGUGCAUCGCCACCUUGCUGAUGACCCACGCUGCACUCAUGACCAGGACGAGACCUUAUUCACCUCCUUCGUGACUGCAGGGCAGCUCGAAGCAUUUGGGCUAGCGUUGGUGAACCUGCCAGUCACACUGCCUUCUUCACUGGGAAUCUACAGAACUGGAUAGUGACAAAUCUCAAGGCUGAAGGAACGAAUUAUUCAGAAAAAUGGCCAACUUACUUUGCUUUAACUCUAUGGUGGAAUUGGCAAUGGAGAAUUGCAUAGUUUUUGGUCGUCACAAUGAAGUUCCAACUGACACAGGGGCCUUCAUUCAGGCGAGACUAAAAGAAACUUGGAACUCCCUAAUGGAAUGUAACAAUGCAAACAUGAGCACUCUAAAUGGCACAAGGAGAGAAGCAUACAUUCGUUGGUUAGCACCCCCUCUGGGAUGGGUCACUUUGAACACAGAUGGAGCAUCUAGAGGCACUCUCAAUCUAGCAGGUGGGGGGGGGGGGGGGGGGGGGGAUUACUUCGUGACUGCAGUGGCACUUUCAUUCGAGCUUUCUCAGCUAACUUUGGAGCAUGUACUGCCUUCCGUGCAGAGCUGGCAGCUGCAGCUAUAGGCAUUGAAAUGGCAAAUAAUUGGGGAGUGCAAAAGCUAGAGCUACAGAUGGAUAACCAAGCAUGUGUUGAAGUGCUACAGAAUGCAGACCACCAAGGUGGAGAAUGUUUCCACAUUCUGAUUUUUUGCAGGAUUUUCGUAUUAUUCAUUGUUAUAGGGAAGGAAAUAAAGUAGCGGAUAGAUUAGCUAAUAUAGGUGUUGGCCAAGAGGAGAGAGUGGUGUAUUUUAAUUCGCCUCCGCGGGAAAUCUCUACUCUUACCAUAUCCUUUGUACCAGUCUUUGAUUGCUUUGCUUUUACUAAAUUUUUGCUUCUUGUAAAAGUUGUAUAUGGAAAUGUUAUUAUUUGUUGUAAAAUAAUCGAAUUGAAACCAACUUUCUCACAUUGAAGAAAUAGAGGGAGGAUGAAAUUCUGCUUGAA